UUAUAGGUAAAAUAAAGCCCCUUCUGCAAUUUGCAAUUUUGCAUAGGUCGUCUCUUUGGUCUUCGCUAGCAAACCCGAUUUACCCGAUAACAUGACAGAAGACAGUUGCCUUAAAGCUUCUGAAGAAUCAAUGGCGGCUGCAGCAGCAGCGACAAGACAAAGGAAAAAGAGGAAAUGGGAUCAGCCUGCAGAGUCCCUAAUCUCAGCUGGGCUGCAAGUACCUGGAUUGUUCCCGCUGGGAAAUGUGGGAUCUCUUGUUGGAAUGGCACUUCCUGGCAUUACUACUCCUUCUGGUACUCUUUUGACGAAUCCUCUUCCUACCUGUGCAACUGUUCCACAUACGUUUCAGGCUCUUUCAAUCCCACUGAACACAAGUGCAGUGCUCCAAAAAUUGAAUCAAAGCUUGCCUUUUCAGCCCAAGAUCCAAGAUGAGUUAAUAGCUCGGGAAAUUGUCAUAAAUGAUGCUGAGACUUCUGUGCGCUACAAGCUCACAAAACGCCAGACCCAGGAGGAGAUUCAGAAGUGCACUGGCGCUGUGGUGAUUACCAGGGGCAAGUACCGUCCACCAAAUGCAUUGCCCGAUGGUGAAAAGCCUCUGUAUCUUCACAUUUCUGCUGGUGCUCAUUUGAAGGAUACAGCAGAACGAAUCAAAGCAGUUGACCACGCUGCUGCUAUGGUUGAGGAAAUGCUAAAACAAGGAAUAAAUAUGCAGCCAGCUACUGCUCCUUUUCACUCAGUUACAAACACGGGACAGGUUACUCAGCCAUUGAGCACUUGUGUGUUUUUAGGCUUUGAUGCUGACCCAACAUUAAACAUUGCUGCUCGCAUACAUGGGCCAAAUGACCAGUAUAUAAAUCACAUUAUGAAUGAAACAGGAGCAACUGUUGUACUGAGAGGACGAGGUUCAGGAAAUUUUGAAAGUCCAAAUGGACAAGAACUUGCACAACCACUGCAUCUAUGCUUGUCGUGUAAUAACCUGAAAAGUCUUGAUGAUGCAAAGCAUUUGGCUGAAAAUCUUUUGGAUACAAUCAGUGCAGAGUGUGGUGUCUCCAGGGUCACAUCGUCUAAGGUAUAUAAUGCUGUUCCUCCCCCACAGCAGUUGUUGGCUGGAGUUGAAAGUUCUGGGAGUGAACAGAAACAAAAUUUAGGUCCAAUUGGUAGCUUGACGUCAUCUGCUGUGGGUUCUACUCCUAUUCCUCAUGUUUCCUCAAUCACAGUCCCUGGAGUCUCUGGUGUCUAUCCUCAAGUGACAGCAGUUUCACAACCUUGGGGAUUGCCCAGUUAUGGACAACUUCAAUCAAACAUGGUUUGCUAUCCCCUACCUGCAGUGAUAGGUGGGACAAGAUAUAGUGGAUAUGAAGGGAUAUAUCCACAAGCCACUCCAUUGCAACAGGUUGCCUUAGCCUUGAGACAGUCGCCUUCUCCUGUCACUUCCGCUACAGCUCCUGUGGUGUCAGAAGGAAGCACUAGCACAUUACCAAAAGUGAAUCAAAGCUCCAAUUCCAAGGAAAAACGGCCUGUGCAGAGGAGAAAGUUUCAGGAGUUACCAGUAGCUUCUCAGGGGCCUGACAAACCCCUUAAGAAUUCUUUGCAGGGACCAGAAUUUCUCAAGCCAGGUACACUCCCAGAGGAUUUGGGCGUGAGGGAUAUUUCAGCAAUGCCACCCCCGCAGAAAUUGAUCCAGGCAUCAUCCAAUGGAAUGCUCCCGCCCCCUCCAAGGACCAUGCCACCACCACCAUCACCACCACCACCGAAGUUUACAUCUUCAAGGACCAUGCCCCCACCACCGCCACCACCCCCGAAGUUUACAUCGUCAACUUCAACCCCUAAAGCAAAUGGCAUGAAGUUGAAAUCUGACCCUGUCCCUGAUACUUUGAUUAAACUCAUGGAGUAUGGUGAGGAGGAUGAUGAACCUGAUGGAACCACUGAAGACUUUUCCAAGAGCAACUCAACUCCAAAACCAUUCUGGGCUGUAUAAGAGGUUGUCCGAGUGAUUGUUUGUAGGUUGAUGGAAUUUGAUAGGAUUGACCACAAAAUUGUGGCGAAGUGUCAUUUUCGGUGAUUCAGUAGGGGAUGGGUUUGAGGGAUACAAAUUUAUUGGCAAUGUGCAACUUCUCACUGCAUCUGGUGGAAAUGGAGGACUCUUUUUGUACU